UAAAUUAAUUGGUUGACGUGAAAGUUAUAGCGUUUAAAAAUAUAUACUGUGAUUUUUUUUUUUAAUAUUUACUAGUAAUGGCGGCGAUCAGCGACUUAUAGCUGGACUGCGGCGGGCAUUCUGACACUGGGGGGGGGGAACUGACUUGGUGUCAUUGUCAUCCCCAGUGACACCAAUACACUGAUCAUUGCUAAUAAAAAGCACUGACACUGUACUAAUGGCACUGGGCAGGAAGGGGUUAACAUGUGGGGCGAUCAAAGGGUUAACUGUGUGCUGCGUUUGCACUUUACACUGGAGACAUGCUGCUUUGUAUUGGUCUGCUAUGCAGAGCUAUACAAAGCAGCAUGCUGGUGUUGAC